AGCGGGAGGAGUCGGGAGUCGGAGGGCGGCGGAGGCGGAUUUCCUGGGCCCGGCUCUCUGGGGCCACCAUGGCGUUUGGGAAGAGUCACCGGGAUCCCUACGCCACCUCCGUGGGCCAACUCAUAGAAAAGGCUACAUUUGCUGGAGUUCAGACCGAAGACUGGGGCCAGUUCAUGCACAUCUGUGACAUAAUUAACACUACUCAGGAUGGGCCAAAAGAUGCAGUGAAAGCUUUGAAGAAAAGGAUUUCCAAAAACUACAAUCAUAAAGAAAUCCAGCUUACCUUGUCGCUCAUUGACAUGUGCAUGCAGAACUGUGGUCCAAGUUUCCAGUCUUUGAUUGUGAAGAAGGAAUUCAUUAAAGACAGUCUGGUUAAGCUGUUGGAUCCUAAAUACACCUUACCAUUGGACAUUCAGAAUAGAAUCUUGAAUUUCAUUAAGACUUGGUCACAGGGUUUCCCAGGAGGUGUAGAUGUGAGUGAAGUGAAGGAAGUGUACCUGGACCUGCUUAAGAAAGGUGUUCAAUUUCCUUCCUUAGAUGCAGAGGCUGCAACAGCAAGACAAGAGACCCCAUUGACUCCACCAACAUCUGUCCCUACUGCACCAGCUCUUUCUUCAGUAAUUCCUCCCAGGAACUCAACUAUUAUAUUGGUUCCAGAACAGAUUGGAAAGCUGCACAGUGAAUUGGACAUGGUGAAAAUGAACGUGAGAGUGAUGUCUGCCAUACUGAUGGAGAAUACUCCCGGGUCCGAGAACUACGAAGACCUAGAGCUUCUGCAGAAACUUUACAAGACAAGUCGGGAGAUGCAAGAGAGGAUCAUGGACCUGCUUGUGGUGGUGGAGAAUGAAGAUGUAACUGUUGAGCUGAUUCAGGUGAAUGAGGAUUUGAAUAAUGCCAUCCUUGGAUAUGAGAGGUUUACUCGGAACCAGCAAAGGCUUUUGGAGCAAAAUAAGAACCAGAUGGAAGCCACUAAUACUGCCAGUGAGCCCUCGGCCCCAUCUUGUGAGCUUCUUGAUUUAAGUCCCAGCACCCUGAUGCCAAGAGCCACUCAGGGAGAACUCAGCAACGUGAAUACUCAGCUUUCAAACUUAAGUUUCAGCUCUCCAAGUCCUAUUGUAACAAACAACUUGAAUGCCAAUCUUCAUCCACAUGUGGAUUUGCUAGCCUCGGAAAAUACAGAAAUGCCCCUGGUAAUCAUGCUGUGUUAUCACACUAUCCUAGGUUUUGCCCAAAGGACCAGCCAAAACCUCACCUCAAGUCAUACGUAUGAUAAUUUUCUAGAACACUCAAAUCAAGUAUUACUACAGCCAGUUAGCCUACAGACUGCCACAGUAACACCGUCAAACCAGAGGGUGCCCUCCUUGCCCAGCAAUCAUCCAGUGAUGACAAAGAAUGAUCUCCAGCCGCCCAAUUACUAUGAGGUAAUGGAGUUUGAUCCCUUAGCUCCUGCUGUCACUACAGAAGCUAUUUAUGAAGAAAUUGAUGUUUAUCCCCACAAAGGAGCUCAAAGUCAUACUGACUGUUGAGGUUAAAGUGGAUGAUCAGCUACAAGAAGCAGAGAGGUGAUCCUAUCCAGCUUUGAGACCUGGAAGACAAGACCUACCAACGUAUGAAAGCCACAUUGGACCAUCUCUUCCCUGUCAUAAUGAAGUGUAAACAGAAGAGUAACAGUUCCAGAGUAAUAUUCCUGAUUCCUGAAAACCAAUCAAGAUUUCAGUAGAAUGUGAUUGUGGCAAAUAUUCACUUAAAACUUCAGAACAACAAUUAUUUAGUCCUUAGACAAGCUAGUUUAAUUGAAGUAUCUUAUGUUGCCUAGACCUUCCUAUGUAGAGAAAACAAAUAAUCACACAGCUGUGAUAAGAGUAGAUGAAGAUUGUUUUACUAUGAAAUAAUUCUGAAUAGAUGUGAGAAACUAAAUGUAUUAUUCAGGAAGAACAUUUCGUGCCUUCACUUAACUAAAAUUGAAUGUAAGAGUCAAUUUGCACUUCUUUAAAAAUAAUUUUUUGGUUCAGAAUUGUAAAGAUUUGAUAAUUAUAGUUUAAUUAUAUUUCAAGUGUUCUGAAUAGGUCACUUAGCCUGAGCAUCAGUGACCUUUAUGCCUUUAUGAUUCUUUAUAAUGCUAAAUGAUCUUUUAUUGCCCCCUCCCCUUUUUAUUAUAGUUAACAUUUCUAUUUGGAACAAAGACUACUGGAAAACAUUCAGAAUAAAUUGUGUAUUCAUUUAUAUGAAUUAUAAUGACAAAUAAUUUAAAAUACUUUUUUUUUUUUUUAAAUAGCAUUUUGAUCCCAGAACUUCUAUGUCAAUAAAUCUUCACAAUCCCAUCCUCCCAUUUUAACAUUCAGGGACUUGGAACUAUGAAAGUAAAUUCAAGUGGUCUAAUUAGAUGUACUUCUUACAUUUUAUUUCAAUUUAACAGUACCACAAUUUCAAAGUAAUUCAGUACUCUGAAUGUAUAAUAGCCCUAGACCUUAAAGGGAAACUAAAGUCAAAUUUGAAAUAAGAAUAUAAUCUUUGAGCCCACUGUUAGGGCUUUAGUGACUUCUUUUCCACUUUGAGAUUCUAAAAUAGUUACUGUUCACACUGAAGGAAAAUAGCUAUUUUGUAGAUAAUAAUAAACAUGAUCCAAAGUUCUGGUCUAUGGCCUGAAAUAGAUAAUUUUUUUUUUUUAAUUCUUACAUUCCAAGUAUGAAGAGCCAAUAAUUGGGGAAGCAACUAUAGAAUUAAGCUGAAUGAUGAUGAAGUCCAUGCCUGCACAUUUAAGAAACAAGCAGUUCCUCUUAAUAUUAAUAAACUCUUUAGUAGUGAACAGUUAAGUAUAGUAGUGAACAGUCAUUCAUUCUAUGUAGGUAGGUGAGUUUUUUUUAUGAUAAAAGGCUGAACCUGUUCUUUUAUUUUUCAGUGGGGUAAAUUAGUUGGCAGAAGAAAAAAAACUAUUCAAAAUAGGUUUUACUUCACCUUAUUAUAGAAUAUUUCUCUUCUGAGAAGGCAGGAUACAUGAUUUCUCAAAAAUCAUAAAUCUGAAGUAGGACUUGGUUGCUACUUCAAUUAUAGCCUGGAAUUGGCAACUUGUGCCCUUCCUUUGCUUCAAAAAAGGUAUAAGAAAGAGUGAUGAGAUCAACAUUCACCAUUCUUGGAUCUUCAGCAAAUUCAGGAUCAAUGUAGAAAAAUACUGGCAUGUCUACUUCUUCUUGGGGGUUAAGUCGUUGUCUUCAAACAGAAGCACUAGAAGUUAUAGAAAGGUACUGUUUAAUAACAUUUCUAUUACCUAUAACAAAGUAAUAGUUCAUUUUAAGUUCUAUGAUAGAAAAAACAGCAUGUUCCUGGCUUAGAAUGCGUUUUAAGGACUGAGAAUCAAAUUAAUUCUAAUUUUAAAAGCAAAAUAUUCAUUUGGUUUGGCUCUGUCUUUUCAUAGCAGGUUAAACAAUGAGGAUAAAAGUGGCUUGAAGUCUACAAGAAACAGUUCUCAGAAAUUACAAGUAUCUACUAAACACUGUAGUUAGUUGCAUACUAAACAGUUUCAUGUACCUUUAUUAUAUUCUUGUUUGUAUUGUUUACCUGUAUUUUAUUGAAAUACUGUCCAGCUUCAAAUGGUAUAACAUUAUAUGUAGAAAUUCCGAUUAUUGGUUUGUCAGUAGGAUUCUUAGCUUUAUAAAAUGCCAAUGCAGUCUCUCCUGGUACCACCUGUUUUAAAGAAUGCACAUUAUCAGUACUUUAAAUCUCACAUAUUUUUUUCAUCUAUUAAAUUACAACCAUAUUAGUUUUGCUGUUCUUGAGACCAUCAUACCUAAUCUGAGGUUCAGCAAAUAGUUAAUCUUACCCACAAACCUGAGACUCAAAUUUUAUUUGCGUGUCAAUGAAAAGCAGUGCACUGUUAGGCAAAAUUAUUUAUCUAUUACUCUUAUAUAUCUGAGGUUUUAAAAAAUGUUUCUAAGGACAAGCCAAGCAUAUCGUAGCCCUUAACACUUAAACCUGAAUGUCAUGAUUAUUUUUUUUUAAAUGAUACCAACAUUAAACUUACCUUGAAUUAAAAGUAAAUUCGUGAAUAAAACCAAAAGUGCUAAUGCACUGAGAAAUAGGGAGGCUUAAAAUAAAGAUUUCCAAAAGACAGUCUGUCCACUUAUACCAAUAUACCAUUUGAUACUGUUUUCUACCACAUAAGUGAACUAUUGCAAAAUUAUAACCUAUGAAACCCUUAAUCAUUAAGAUACUUGGUCAUGUUAACUAAACUGGACAAUCACUAAUAUUUACAAGUAUUUUCCAGUAAGGGUUGAAAUUAAGUCUUGCUAAUCCUCAAUUGAGAGAAUUUCCAUUAAAAUCCUUCCAAGGUUGCAAUUAGUUACAUUUUAGAAAAUUGUAAAAUCUUACAGACUAUGAGUAUUUACUAUUUACUGAUACUAAGUAUCUACUUCAAGUUAAUUUUUUCUUGUUUUUAAGGGAAAAGGAUACUUUUGAUAUAGACCAGUAACUAUCUUUUAAAUAAUUGAUGAUUUUCAACCUUUUUCCCUAUCUUUCUAUACCUGAGGAGUCAGAAAGCCAUAUAGCAUAAUAGUUAUUACACCCAAUGUUAGCUACCAGAGGAAUGUAGGAUCAACUCUUAAGCUAUAUGAUUUGAUAAAAACAUGACAUUUUUCAUGUGUCAAAAUGACAUUUACUAAUAUGUUACUUCAAAGCAUGUAUUCUGUUACAUUAGGUACAGAGCAUUAUUAAAAGUCAUUUCAGCUGGGCACAGUGGUGCAUGCCUAUAAUCUCAGUGACUCAGGAGGCAGAGGCAGGAAGAUUACAGUUCAAGGCCAGCCUGGGCAACUCAGUGAGACCCUCUAUCAAUAAAACAUGAAAAAGUGGUGGGGAUGUAGCUCCGUGCUAAAGUUCCUCUGGAUUCAAUCCCCAAUACAAAGAAUAAAAAAGUUCACUUCAAAAUACUAACAAAUUCCAUGAAUAAUUCCAUUGCAUGAAAUAUAUUUCCAUGAAUUAUUCAUGGAAUCUGUUAGUAUUUUUAAAUUGUUUUGAUGAGUCAAACAGUUUUUACAUUGAAAAAAGAAAUCUUAUAAUGACUGCUUUAGUUACUUACAUAUAUUUCUGUUUGCUGAGGUCUAAAGUUCCACUGGAGACUUGCAUGCACAUCUGCAUUAAAGGUAACCUUAAUGAUUCGAUCCUUAACAGGCACCAUGUUUUCAAUCUGGUCUGAUGAAUGACCUGCUACUGCUGAUCCUCCCAGUCCAGUAGUCUAGGAAAAAAGAUACUAAAUGUGUUAAAUAUUUAUAGAUCUUGAUCUAUUUAUUGAAUAAAAGCAAAUGUUUAAAAGCAGUAAUCCAGUUAGAGCCAUGUUUAAAUACUAUUUCUGACCAUUCUCCUACUGUUAAUUAAUGUUUUGCCCAUUAGCAUUUUUUUUUUUUCCCUGUGGUGCUGGGGAUUGAACCCAGGGCCUUGUGCCACUGUGUCAACUGAGCUAUAUCCCCAGCCCAUGGUUUGCCCAUUUUUAAGGUGUCAAAAACCUAUAUUAAAAUAAUUCCUGUUUCAACAAUCCUGUGGUUAUCUGGAUGAUCAAAGUGGGUCCUCUGGGAAAAGCAGCUUCUUUGGAUACAAAAACUAUUUUCUAUUAUCAUGGAUAACAAAGCACAGAAUUUCCAGAUU